ACCAACAUUCACAUUCAAACCAAAUACAUAUAAUCAAACACAAACAAACAUGUUUCAAAUAAUUUUCCUCCUAUCUCUUUUCCUAUCCAUUUCCAAUGCUGCAAACCAAGAUUUCUGUGUAGCAGAUCUCAAAGCCCCAGACACCCCUUCAGGCUACCCUUGCAAGCCAGCUGCAACAGUAACUGUAGAUGAUUUUGCAUUUUCUGGCCUAAUUGCACCAGGAAACACAACAAACAUAAUCAGCGCCGCCGUUACGCCUGCAUUUGUUGGACAAUUUCCAGGUGUUAAUGGUCUUGGUCUCUCUGCAGGAAGGCUAGACAUUGCUGUUGGUGGUGUUAUCCCUUUGCAUACUCAUCCAGGUGCUAAUGAACUUCUUAUUGUGACACAAGGUCACAUCACUGCUGGAUUUGUUUCAUCAGCUAGCACUGUUUAUGUUAAGACAUUGAAGAAAGGUGAGAUUAUGGUUUUUCCACAAGGUUUGUUGCAUUUUCAAGUUGGUGCUGGUAAGAGAAAUGCUGUUGGUUUUGUUAUUUUUAGUAGUACUAGUCCUGGUCUUCAAAUUCUUGAUUUUGCACUUUUUGCUAGUAAUUUCUCUACUCCUUUGAUUACAAAGACUACUUUCCUUGAUCCUGUUCUUGUCAAGAAGCUUAAGAGUGUUCUUGGAGGCAGUGGCUAGACUUGUAUAUUUGUUCCGACAUCAAACCACAUUUCUGAAGUAUUGUCUGCCUUUAGGGUCUUCUGUAAGUUCGCACGGUUUUGUCUUUAAAAAAAGACGUAUGAGGGGAUGAGAAGUGUAGAGAUUCUUCCAAAUAAUGUGAGAUUUAUUGGUGUACCGGAACGAUAUGCCUUUUUUUUUCCCUUCAUGUUUAUGAUAGUUGUUAUUUUUUUCAGCCUUUUUUUUCUUCAAUUCAUUAGUUAAUUAAUGUAAUUCAAUUUCUUGUAUCAAUGUGGAGUAAUAAAUUUGUGAGUAUGGUUUUAUUUUUCUA